CGGAGGCAUCGUCAAAACUUUGUCUUCGUGCAGUGCCCUCACCAAUAGAUCUGGAUACAACACAACUGUUACAGACCCACGAGAUCCGUAUCUUCUAAAAUUGUACGUAACGUCGAUUAUGAUGAAUGCUCAGAAGAUCAUCAUAUUGGCUGCUUAUUUUCUAACAGCUCUAAUUGCUGUGACAGCUACAAAGGGAUACUAUCACAACGAUAAACGAGCAAACGAUCGGCCGUUUAUGAUGGGGAUGAGAUAUGGCAGGGCGGAUAAAGCUGCUAAAACAGCCGGAAAGCAUGUUAUAGUCGCCCCGAGGAACGAUAAAUUCUUCUUAGCUUCGAGGUACGGGAAGAGAUCUGGAGGAGAGAUGAUUUCGAAUGCGGCGCAGGCGGCUCUGGUCUUCCCCGUUCCACCGAUCUGCGGCUCCGACGAGGAUUUGAAAUGUACUUACAGCGGCAUAUCCAACAUAUACCGUUGCAUCCAGAGCUACCGCAAGGAUUCCGCUCAAGGCAACGGUAUUAUGACAACCUCGAUUUAAGAUGGACAAGGAAGAUGCACCUAGUUAAUUUAAUUUAGUUUUGAAAUCUAAUUAUAUCCGAAUAAAAUGAACCCUAUUAUAUAUUGAAUGUCGUUCCUUCCACUCGAGGCGAGACAAAAUUCUAGGCUGGAAAUUUCGUCUCGCCUUAAUAACUUUGUUUUUUGAAUUAAAUAUAUCUAUCUAUAACUACUAUAACUUCAAUUCA